GCCAAUGUCAUCCAUUGAACCGCCUGUUCUCCACCAAGAUGCGUCUCUAUCUGCUGUUUGCUUUCGUCCUGAGCUGCUGUCUGCUGCAUCUGUCGGCCGCCGGAGUGAGCCAUGGCCUGGGCCAGGCACUGCAGGGUGUGGGCCACCAUCACAACUCAACGGGUUCGCCGCCACCACGUGGUGCUCCACCGCCGCCACCACCCAGCACCACAGCCGCCUCCGGCUAGCAGAGCGCUGGAUACGGCCCUUGGAUACGUAUGACCCCCGAACAUGAUGAACCCUUAACUAUGUAGCCAUUAUACGCACUCCCUAGUUUCAGAAUAAAGAGAACAUUGUCACACAGCA